GCAAUCGUCACUGACCUGCUUCACUUUGCUCCAACCCGUCAAGCACAAAAGACUCUCCAAUGUGCUGCACCGGCGCACCGGCUCUUUGAACAGUAACGACCAGCAAGGUGCAAAAUGUUUUGCCAGAAGUGCCGCCAGCCGCUCAAGCUGGAUGGCUCGCUCCAAGAUCUAAAUCCAGCCGCCUACGAUCUCCUAGUUUCUACAUCCUCUCCUCUACUCACCCAAGGGCCCUCGGCAUCGCGGCAGCACCUUGCACGACCCAAAGAACAAGCCAAGCAGGCACUCUAUGAUGCCGUGUCGAGGUCCAAGCCCACGCCAACCUUCAAACGACACCAUGGAGGUAACCCGAAAGACGCAGCAAUGUCAUUUAUAUAUUUGACCGAGUCGCAAGUCGGUCAACCGGGUGGCCGCCCAACCUCACCUCCACAGUCACCACAAAAACCUAUUCGACCGUUGCAAGCCGGCGCUAAGGAUGUGCCAACGUCACCACGACCCGAUGGUUCCCGUACAGAUGGCAUAGACCGAGCGAAUCGUCUCUUUGAGAUUUUAUCAUCAAGAUCCGAUAUAGACCACCCUAUAUGCAUAGAGUGUACCGAUAUGCUAGUCGACGGCCUACAGAAGAAGCUAGAUGCAGCGACCAAGGAGCGAGAUACGUAUGCACUUUACUUAAAAGAAGCUCGAGCCAAUCAGCCAACGGAGGGUGAGAAAAAGAGGUGGCGUGAAGCUCAAAAGCAAGCCGAACAAGCCAAGGCACAAGCUAUGGAACAGCUAAAGAAGCUUGAAACAGAAAAGGAUAAUCUAGAUUUGGAGAUACUGGCACUGGAGGACGAGGCCAGAGCGCUGGAUAAGGAAGAGGAGGAGUUUUGGGCACAACGCAACGACUUCACCGCCAAAAUGGCCGACUUCCAAUCCGAGCGAGACAGUAUCAACACAAAGUAUAAUAAUGAUUCGCAGCUACUGCAGAAGUUGCAACGGUCCAAUGUCUAUAACGACACAUUCUGCAUUAGCCAUGACGGUAGCUUUGCAACAAUCAACGGUCUCCGAUUAGGGCGUCUGUCAAACAAACCUGUUGACUGGCCAGAAAUCAACGCCGCUUGGGGCCACGCUCUUCUGCUACUCGUCACUGUUGCUGAAAAGUUGGACUUUAAAUUCCAAGGAUAUGACCCUCAGCCCAUGGGUAGUACUUCAAAGAUUCUCAGGUUUGAAAAUACAAGCCCAUCAUCAAGCCGCCUAGGCUCUCGUACAACGGCACAAGGUCCACCCAAGAAGCAGGUACUAGAGCUGUAUAGCUCUGGAGACAUGCCUCUUGGCCUCACAUUUAUGCACCGCAAGUUCGACAACGCCAUGGUCGCAUUUCUCGAGCUGGUACGGCAGUUAGGUGUUCACGUCUAUCGACAGACUGAACGCGGAGACCGGCCGCUCAGCCUUCCAUACAAGAUUGAAGGCGACAGAAUAGGAGACACCAGCAUCAAACUCGGUAUUGCGCAAGACGAUGGCUGGACUAAGGCUUGCAAGCUUACAUUAACAUGCUGCAAGUUUUUGUUAGCCCAUGCCAGUAAUAUUAGUAGCCCUGCUCAGGAUCAGGAUUAACCUGUCCAUGAGUGAACGUACAUACAUACAUAUUCGUCACCGUCUCAUGCACAUAUCAGCUACAUUCUUCACUAUUUGUCCUCAGAAUUCACGAAACACUCAGUCACCAUGUAUAAACAGUUUGUAAGGUCGAUUUGUAUAAGUUAUAGAUAAAACAACAGUGAUAAUUUAGUCUGGCGUCUAAAAUCCAAACAAUCUCUCUGCAUAUACGGUCUGUGCAAUGCAGGAAAACAAACACCUAGCGAAUUUUUGAAAAAGAACAAGCAAUAAAACAUCAAAUAGAUACAAGAUGAAGCAAAAUGCAAAAAGAAAAAAACAGACUAUUUACCGGACAGAACAGUCUUCUCCAACUCUUUCCUCUCACCACUGCUCUCACACAUAUCGCGGAAGAUACUGCCUUCGGUAUUCCAAAGUUCUUUGGGUGUACCAAACUCCGCCACCUGGCCCUCGCUGAGAACCAAGAUGCGGUCGAAAUCAGCAAUGGUGCUAAGACGAUGAGCAAUGACAAUCAUGGUUGUGUCAGUGAACUCUUCACGGAUACUGCGCUGAAUCAGCGUAUCGGUAGACAUGUCCACAGCGGACGUGGCCUCAUCCAGAACCAUAAUCUUGGGUCGCGCGACAAUGGCGCGGGCAAUGCAAAGAAGCUGGCGUUGGCCCUGCGAGAGGUUACCACCGCCCUCUGAGAUGCCGCUCAUAAGGUCAUGGAAAAUGUUGGCGUUCUUGGGCGUAGCGGACGAGUUGCCAGCGGCUGAUUCAUUUGCUGGUGUUCCGGGAACAGAGUCAAGCAAGUGGACACGGUUCAGACAGUCACGAAGCUGAUCAUCCGUGUGCUCAUCAAAUGGAUCGAGGUUGGUGCGAAUCGAGCCAGAGAAGAGCACCGGAUCUUGAGGAAUAAUGGCGAGUCUGGAUCUCAAGCUAUGCAGAUCCAUCUCAGAGAUGUCAAGGCCAUCAAUGAAGAUUUUACCGGAUCUCGCUUCGAGGAAACGGAAGAUAGCAAGAGUCAAGGAUGACUUGCCCGCACCGGUGCGUCCAAUAACACCGAUUCUUUCGUUGUCCUUAACGUUGAAGGACACACCCUUGAGCACGGCAGGAAGGCCGUCGGCAUAUCCAACAACAAGAUCUUUCACUUCCAUGGCUCCAGAGGUAGGCCAAGCAGCAGGAGGCUGCUUGCCACCUUGGUUUUCCGUCUUCAAGUCGCAGUACUCGAUCACACGCUCCGUAGCAUUCAUGUCAAGCUCAAGCUGAGCAUAGGCACGAAUACCAAAGAGAAGACUAGUAGAGAAAUCGACAACAAAGGCAAGUGCGAAACCAGCAGCACCAGCGCUGACAGAAGGACUAGUGACCAAAAGGAAACCGGCAAUGAUAGUGAAAGUUGAGCCAACAAGGGACAUUCGGAAACCCAUCCAACGGUUAAGGAUCCAGUAAUGGACCUUGUUCGUGCUCCAGGUAUCAAUGCUGUAAUGCAUGCGGCCCUUGUAAGUAUCAGACUUCUGGUAGGCACGAAGGGUUGUGAUGCCACCGAGCGUGGCGUUGAAAAGUUCGAAAAUGGGAGAUUUGCAGCUGCUUUCGAGACGCUUCAUGGGACGGGCAGCAUCCAUAUACUUCUUGGCAACGUAGGCACCAACAAAGACGAGAACAAUAGCAGGUGGGAGGAUAACUGGGGUGACGACAGUUGCAGCAAUGCAGAUACCGGUGAGGCCAAUGGCCUGGCCCAUGGUCCAGCUGAGAGUCCAAGCCAAACGGCUGUCGAUGGUAUCGAAAUCAGAGGUCAUUCUGUUCAAGAUGCGGCCAACUGGCACAGUGUCGAGCCAGCGCAGAGGAGUUCGCAGAACGACAUGCAAGAUUCUCUCAAAGAGCACCUUGGCCGCCCUAAGGCCAGUCAAGAACACAAACAGAAUUCGAAGACACUGAAGAAUGGCUGUACCGAACGAAAGAGCACCGUAGACCCAGAUGUAAUAGUAAAGAUCGCUGUCGUCCUUGGGCUUGCUUGUCGAUACAAAGGCAUUCUUAGGUGCAUAGCGCAUACCGUUGCUAAGUGAGAAAAUGUUCCAGCUGCUUUCAGUGUCGAUAGAGGCAACAGAGAGAUCGCUAGAGUGUUUCUGGGUUGCGUCAGACCAGACAUUCAACCACCAGGCCUUGGCCAAGUCACCACCCUCACAAAAGAUGAAGAAUGUGAAAAGGAUAAGCCAAAGCACAACACCACCGCUGGCGGCAAUGUAGGUUGAGUACACAUGUCCCUUCACUGAGCCCUUGGCGUGUGUCUCGGCUUCAAUGAACUUCUUUGCAUCCUUGGAUUUGACCUUUUGCAGAGGCACGGUCUCCUCUUCGUCGCCCUCGGAGGCAAUUUCGGAAUUAACGGCUGUUGACUCUUCGGUUGCAAGGGUAGGGUUCGCCUGCGCUUCGUGGCUCUUGAUCAAUUCCAGAGUACCGUCCUCAGCGAGAUCAGACGUCAAUCCAGCGUUGAGCACACCGCCUUCGCCAAGCUCUACUACAUACUUGGUGUGGGAUUGUACCAAGCCAACGUGGUGAGUUACCAAGAUUCGAGUUCGGCCCUCGCAAAUAGAACCAGCGAUACACUUAUCAAAGAUCUGGCGACCGACGUGGGCAUCUACAGCACUGAAAAUAUCGUCCAUGACAAGAAUUUCGGCACGGGAGUAGAUGGCACGCGCCAAGGUGACUCGCCAUUUCUGUCCACCGCUAAGGUUGAUGCCGUUAGCUCCAAGCUCAGUGCUGUCACCGUCCUCCAGAAUCUCCAAAUCCUUCUUUAGCGCACAGACAGUAAUGACCUCAUUGUAGCGAGUUUCGUCAUAGGGAAGACCGAAAAGAAUGUUUUCACGCAAAGUAGCACUCUCAAGCCAGGGUGUUUGACUGACAUAGGCGACAGAACCGGACAAAAUCCAGUUCCCGGCAUGCGCUUUAGCAUCAUGGCGAUCAAGGGGUGAGGCAGUGGUGGGCAUGUAGAUAGAGCCGCUAAGCAGAUCGGCUUCGCCGAGAAGGGCCGAGAGCAAGAGACUCUUUCCGGUUCCAGUUCGUCCAGAGAUAACAGAGAGCUCGCCUUGUGGGAAGGAAAGAUCAACAUUUCGCAAGACAAAGCGAUCCUCGUCCGACACUUCACCGUCGACUGGCCAAGCGAUUGCAGCAUUUUCGAUAGCCACAUCCGGUCCUACGGAGACAACCUGUUCCAUUUCGGACAUUCCAAGGUAGGCACCGAUUCUUCUGACCGAAACAAGUGUGUCCAAUCCGAAUGUAAGAAGCUCAGGGAUGACGGACAGCGCAACCUCCAAGCUCUUGAAGAUACCGAUGGCAGUGAAAGCGAUGGAGGGGGUUAGGUCAUUGGUGAGGGCGAAAACGGUGAGAGCAACGACGGAGAGGAGAACAGGGCUGAAAAUCCAGCAAGCGAUGACAAUGGAGUCAUACGCAAAGGCAAUUUUGAUAGUGGAAAGUUCCUUUUGUCGGCGUGCAAGAAUGCGGUCCUGCCACUGUCGUUCGAGUGCAGCAAACUUGAUUUGGCGGAUACCUUGGAGGGCUUCGUUGAUGACAGAUACCUUGGUGUCUCGGAUUUUCAUGAUCUUAUCCUGCGUCCUGACGUACUUUCCGGAUGCCCAGUAGUUAAAUGGUAGCACGACGGCCCAUGAAAUUAAACCAGCAAGGAAGGGGACCCAACCAAUCAGCUUAACAAUGUAGAUGGAGUACAUUACCAGCUUCAUGACGCUCUGGAUGAUUUGGAAUUGCCAGGAGAGGAAGUCAGCAAUGCGUCGGGCGUCUACACCAAUGAGAUUGACGAUUGCCUGUUUAGAGUUGAGAGUUGCCGCAGGAUCUUCAUCGUCGUCAUGUUCCUCAUCAACGUUGGCUUCUGUUUUCUCGGCAGUUUUGACAUUCUUUCGUCGAAGCGACUUUUCGUAGACCAGGGUUGACAGUUGCGCGGAAAUCGGGAUCGACAAGCCAGUGAUGGUGUACCAGUUGAGCAAACCUUCGAGCCACUACAAAUGAGUUAGCAUGAGACAAACUGUUUCUUAGCGGUGUAUAUGGGUGAAGUAGCAUACCUGUUGCAACAAAGACACGGCACCCAUACCGAUUACAAGAGGUGCUAGGGUGCGUAAACUGCGUUCUUCGUAUCUUUCCGUUUCGAGGAUAUGCAGGAGUGUCUGCAUGAGGGCAAAAGGGGCGAGCGACAGAGCGACCUUGAGCAAGGCAAGGCCAUACUGGAAAGCCAUCUCGAAGGAGUAAGCGCGGAGAAUGCGCCAGAGCAAAGUGCCUUCAUAGGUGAGCGAGUUCCACAUCUCAACAAGGCGGGCAGAACGGGCAUAGGCGGCAGGACGGGGAAUGUCCUUUUGCUCCAAGUCACCCUUCUUACUGCCGAGCUGGAUAAGAUCCCAGCUCCAGGCCCAUGUAUAACGACUUAGCAGAGUAGCUCCGUACUCGUUGUCGACUCUCUCCCCAUUGUAUUCUACACGAGGGCGUCGGGGAAUGCAAAGCGCGGCAAUGGUGAGAAGACCUCCGGCAACAGCGGCGAUUGUGAGAAGCGUGAAAGCAACAUCGUGGCGGAAUGCCUUGGCAUCAGACAGAUGGUAUACUUGGAAUGUCGUGACGAUGGUGUUGAUGAACGAAGCGCCGGCUGCCCAACCUCCAAGGGUAUGGGACUCAAUAGAGUUGUGGUGAGCGGCUAAGCAGAGAACCUGGAUGAAGAUAAUAGCCUGGAUUGAAAGUCAAAUUAGUUACAGAUUCAAACAUCUACCCCAUCAACUUCGG